UGCUUUAUUCACGCAGAAAUUCAAAGUUUUAAUUUAAGAUACUUGUAGGCAGCAAGCGAUCACUGUUGCGUCUCGAAGUUUUUGUUGCAAAGUAAUAAUGGGGAAGGAAGAGUCAAAUGUCAACACUUUUGUACCGGUGACAAGUGUUAAAUUCCAAUAUCUUGCCGCACUAGUUGCGAAUUUGAUCACAAUUGGCUUUGGCGUAACAAACGGGUGGGCAAGUCCCAGUUUACUUCUAUUAAAAUCAGACGAUUCUCCACUACCAUCGGGUAAAGUUACAGUAGAAGAAUGUUCUUGGAUAGCGAGUUUAAUGUGUCUCGGCGCUUUGGUUGGAAAUUCAUUCUUUGGAACCAUUUCCAGUAAAUUUGGCCGAAAAAUUGGAAUGCUUUCCCUUACGCUUCCGACUAUUAUUGCUUGGACGCUUGUGAUAUUCGCUCAAAAUGUGUACUACCUUUAUGCUUCUCGAGCAAUUAAUGGAUUCGUUGGUGGAGGUGUGUUCGUGAUAAUACCAGUUUACUUAUCAGAAAUUGCAAGUGAUCGCGUAAGAGGAGCCCUGGGAUCAAUGUUGGUUUUAAGGGGCUAGUCUCACGAUAUGGAAACAACUAUGGAAACAUG